GACAGUGUCACAGCUUCGGCGAAAAGAUGGGUUCCAGCGCGAAAAAGAAGAAAGAAAAGAAGAAGGACUUCCAAAAAGUGAAGCUCAGGGUUGGCAAGACCAAAGCGCAGGCUGCUAAUUUCACAGACACCAGUUUCAAAGCAAAGUCAAUUGUCCUGAACCAGCAAUCUCUUUCAACCAAUGCUCCGUCAACCGCCUCACAAUUCUCUCAUCACUUGUCAUUACUUUCGCACAAAGCAGACUCUCAGCGGCGAGAAUCACUCGCAUAUCUGACUUCUGCGAUCCUUAGCACACCAAAUGGCUCAGCCAUACCACAGCCAGUCGCUGUCAUUCUUCCCGAAAUCCAACGUUUGAUUCUUGACGCAUCAAACAGCGUCCGCCAUCAGCUCUUGAAGCUUCUGCAAAGUCUGCCCGUAGCGGACAUCGCAAGUCAUGCCGACCAGUUACUACUGUACACACGAGCUGGCCUGACUCACUUGGCCGCUGACAUUCGGCUUUCCUCGUUAGACAUCUUCGACUGGCUUCUCCAGGUUGCCGGCAAUGAGGUUGUCAGUUGCGCCGGCGGAUGGGUGAAAACCCUUAAAUGCUUCCUUGGACUCCUUGGGUGGGAGAUGGACUCGACUGGAAAGUGGUCUGCGCCGAAGGCAACGCUCGGCAAAGCUGGUAGCCAAGGCAAGCUGCUCGUGAAGCAGAUCGCUAGUCUUGCACUACUCGUGAGAGUAGGAUUGGUGCCUGAAUCGGUCGGCUUUGGUGCUCUAGUUGGGCCAUGGCCAGGAUUUCCGUUGACUAAUGUGGACCAGCAUAUGAUCACUCAGCGAUCGUAUGUAUACCGGCACUUGAAUAUUUUCAGCACACCUAGUGACGACGAAGCCGAGAUGUAUGAGGAUAGGGAGGACCGGCAACGGGUUUUCAAUGAGAAGGCAGAAACUGCGAUUGUUUCUGGGCUGGAGCAAGCCAAGAAGAGCGGAGGGGAAGCAGGACGAGCUGCUGCUCAAUUGAGAAAUGCCGUGCUUGAAGGUAUGGCGGAUUUUCAGGGUGUGGAGAGGGAGGCAUCAAUUAUUCUAUGAUACCCAAUGUUGUACCAAAAUGCUCGAACGUUCUCACUAGAUAUCGGCACCAAUUUUCUUCAGUACAAAAUAACUCGAGAUGGUUCAUGCUCCACACAAAAUUCUCAAAGUCGAUACAGAACCGGCGCGGUCUGAAAUCACCCCAGCUUUAAACCUGUCAGCCUUUUCAAAGCGUUUUGUAUGUUCUCAGUAUUAUCUAUUUUAUGAGUCAGGGCCGCGCAUCUAACUAGCGGGUCGACGGAUCCGAUGGAAGAACCCAAUCAACACCAUGCGAUCUAUCACGGCUUAUCUUGGGCCCUGGACGAAAUUCUCCACAAGGCCAUCAAUAGCAAGAAGCUAUGAAGAGCAUCAGUGGGGUGGAACG